AUGGCUGGUGGGUUUAUAGCGUCUAGUGGUGAUUCCCCUGCUUUUCCGGGGAAAAUGACCCUUUACGUCUUCAUUUGUGUCAUUAUUGCCGCUUUUGGUGGUUUGAUCUUUGGUUAUGAUAUUGGAAUCUCUGGUGGGGUAACGGCGAUGGACGAUUUCUUGAUGAAGUUUUUUCCAGCUGUGUACGAGAGGAAGAAGCAUGCACGCGAGGAUAACUAUUGCAAGUACGACAACCAGUUCUUGCAACUCUUCACCUCUUCUCUUUACCUCGCGGCACUCGUGGCCAGCUUCUUGGCCUCUUUCACGUGCUCUAAGCUCGGCAGGAAACCCACAAUGCAGUUAGCUUCCAUCUUCUUCUUGAUCGGCGUUGGCCUUGCCUCCGGUGCUGCUAACAUGUACAUGUUGAUCUUCGGCAGAAUCUUGCUCGGCUUUGGCGUUGGCUUUGGUAAUCAGGCCGUACCGCUUUUCUUAUCAGAGAUUGCUCCAGCGAAGCUUCGUGGAGGUCUCAACAUUGUGUUCCAACUAAUGAUAACAAUAGGAAUCCUUAUCGCCAACGUAGUCAACUACUUCACCUCUUCUAUUCACCCUUACGGAUGGCGUCUCGCCCUCGGUGGCGCGGGGAUUCCUGCCCUCUUCCUCCUCGGCGGAUCACUUCUCAUCUGCGAAACACCGACGAGUCUCAUCGAGCGUAACAAGAACGAGGAAGGCAAAGCUACUCUCAAGAAGAUCAGAGGCGUCGAAGAUGUUGAUGAGGAGUAUAACUCACUCGUCCAAGCUUGCGAAUUCGCCAGGCAGGUCAAGGAUCCUUACAGGAGGCUGAUGAAGCGCGAGAGCCGACCGCCUCUUGUCAUCGGAAUGUUGCUCCAGCUGUUCCAACAGUUUACUGGAAUCAAUGCCAUCAUGUUUUAUGCCCCGGUUUUGUUUCAGACUGUAGGGUUUGGGAAUGAUGCUGCUUUGCUUUCCGCAGUUAUUACAGGAACUAUCAAUGUUGUUAGUACUUUUGUAGGGAUUUACUUCGUCGACAGAACUGGUCGGAGAUUUCUCUUGCUCCAGGCUGCAGUCCAAAUGCUCAUUUGCCAGUUGGUCAUUGGAAUCAUUCUAGCCAAAGACCUAGGUUUGACGGGUACGUUAAGUAGACCAGAAGCCAUAGUAGUGGUUGUCUUUGUGUGCCUUUACGUGAUGGGUUUCGCUUGGUCAUGGGGACCAUUAGGAUGGCUAAUCCCUAGCGAGACCUUCCCCUUGGAGACACGAACCGAAGGGUAUGCAUUGGCCGUGUCGUGCAACAUGUUAUUCACUUUCGUGAUCGCUCAGGCCUUCCUAUCAAUGCUUUGCGGGAUGAAGUCAGGGAUUUUUUUCUUCUUCAGUGCUUGGAUCGUUGUGAUGGGGCUCUUUGCUUUCUUUUUCGUGCCAGAGACUAAAGGUGUCUCAAUUGAUGACAUUAGGGAUAGCGUUUGGAAGCAACAUUGGUACUGGAAGAGGUUUAUGGUUAGAGGAGCAUGAUGUGAAGAAAGAACAGCUUGCGC